CCGAAGCGUGGAAUAAAUUUGUUCUCCACAGGCAUGGCUACAUUCGCUGUUCUUUUUCUUUUUUGGGUUUUGCUACAGCAACAGCUGCAGAUCUUUGCAGGGCCAGUCUUCCUGGAUAAGUGGGAGGCAGAGAUUGUUUUGCAGAGGCCCAGGCGUGCAAACACAGGUGCCCUUGAGGAGAUUUUAAAAGGGAAUUUGGAAAGAGAGUGCAUAGAGGAGAGGUGUAGCUUUGAGGAGGCCAGAGAAGCCUUCGAAAAUGAUGAGAAAACAAUGGAGUUCUGGUCUGGUUACGCUUAUGGUAACCAGUGUAAAUCAACACCGUGUAAAAACCAGGGGACAUGUGAGUUCCAAAAGAGCACCUACACAUGUCAUUGUCAACCAGGUUUCACUGGACAGAACUGUGAAAUAGUGACUGUCAAGAACUGUGAUGUUAACAAUGGUGGCUGCAUGCAUUUCUGUUCUACAACGGAUACUCAUGUGGCAGUGUGUUCCUGUGCUACUGGGUACAAACUUGUGGAGAAGGUCAAAUGCGAGCCUGAAGUGAAGUAUCCCUGUGGUGUAAGAAAACUGAGCAAAAGGAUUUUUGUAAGGUCUUUAGGCUCUAACAUGACCAACAGAACAGAACCUAACAAAAUUCUUACACAUGCAAGUGUUCCCAUCACCAACCAAACUACAAGCCAAAAGAAAGGCAAAAUCUCAUCUAAUCGUUCCAAGCUGCCCAUAGGGUUCUAUAACACCACUGACUGGAUCAACAAUAGAACUCGCAUCAUUGGUGGAGAAUCAGCAUCAUCACCUGGAGACAUUCCCUGGCAGGUGGCGUUGGUGCUGCGCUCCACCCAGCAGGUGUUCUGUGGAGGUUCUAUUCUAAGCCAGCAGUGGGUCAUAACUGCAGCACAUUGUAUAGAAGAGAGCAAGCAGAGACCGUUUUUCGUCAGAGUCGGUGAGAACAAUGUCAACAAGAAAGAAGGCACAGAGCAGGAUCUAGAGGUGGAAACAGCUAUAAUGCACCCUCUCUUUGAUCCACCCAAGAGCCAAUACAACCAUGACAUUGCUCUUCUGCGCCUACGCAACUCCAUCAUUUUUAAUGAUCAUGUGCGGUCCAUCUGUAUUGGACCCAGCGGCUUCAGCAAGUCCCUGCUUCAAUCUGGCACACUGGCUACCAUUAGUGGUUGGGGCCGGCUGUCCUUUCAAGGACGAACUGCAGAGACACUUCAGAAAGCUGAAGUGCCCUAUGUGGACAGAACCAAUUGUAAGGAAAGCAGCAGUGACCUAAUCACGCACUACAUGUUCUGCGCUGGCUACCAGAACGCAUCCCAGGACGCAUGUCAAGGGGACAGUGGGGGACCCCAUGCCAACCAUUAUUAUGAAACUUGGUUCCUUACUGGCAUUGUUAGCUGGGGGGAGGAAUGUGCCAAAAAGGGAAAGUAUGGCAUAUACACACAGGUAGGCAACUACUACAAAUGGAUACAGUUUGUCAUGGGUAUCACCAAAAAAAUGCCAUAUAGUACUGUUGAGUCUUAAGUAGAAGAUUUUCAUUUCUCAGGACUGAUGAUAAUUAAUAAGUGCGUAAGUAUGUGUAUGUGUGUGUGUGUGUGCUCUGCGAUGGAUUGGCACCCUGUCCAGGAUGAACCCUGCCUUGUGCGCUAAGUCUCCUGGGAUAGGCUUGUGGCCCCUUACAACCUUGUAUACAGGAUAAAGCGGUAUAGAUGAUGAAUGAGUAAGUGAUAAUUAUUUCAAGAUUAAAAUUGUUUACUAUUAAGCAGUACAGUGGAACCUCAGAUUGCGAGUACCGUGGUUUGCGAGUGUUCCGCAAGAUGAUCAAUGAUUUUUAUCGAUCAAAUAAAUUUUAACUUGAAAAACAAACAAAUCUUGGUUUACGAGUGCCAAGUAUCAUCAUGUCAUGUGAUCACAACUGAGACAAAGUUUUUUUCUCUCUUGCGCUGUGGAAUUGUGGGUAAUUGUCUUCCCUGCUCGGUCUUAGUACACGUCUCUCACUUAUAUAAUCAACAUCUGUACAUGUGUGUAUUGUUUACCAUAACACUGUCACUAUGUGUCUGCGCGUAAAACAUCUUUUUUGUGUUUGUAUCCUUUUUUUAUGCGUGUGUGAACAGCAUGCCUGUACUGUUUAUUAUAACAUACAUGCGUGUAAUGCAAAAGCAAGUCACAUUAGAGAGUUUAAAGAUCCAUUUUCUUUCUCUGUAUCAGCCUGCAGUUUGUGUCUGUGUGCGCUUGCGUCAUUGGAUACUGUGCCCCCUCACACAUACACACAAACACACACACACACACCCUCCUUCUCUCGCCUUCACACAUACACAGACACACACACUCUGCUCUACGUAGAAAUACUGCUUUGUCGCAAUUCUUUUCAAAGGUAGAGUGCAGGUAAUUUUUUUUUUACUUUACAGCAGUGAUUCUGUUAGUGUUUCCGUUAAUGCGUGUGUGUGUGUGUGUGUGUGUGUGUGUGUGUGUGUUUACUGUGUAAGAUGAGAAGCCUUUAAUUUUACUUUAGCCUCACACACAUACACACACACACAGCGCCUACGCGCAUAAACAGUAUCACUUAUCUGUUGGGAUUUAUUUUUAUUUUAAAAUGCAGGUUAAUUUUUUUUUUUACUUUGUAUUUUGUAUUAAUUAUUUUUAUGUAUUUAUUUUUUUGGACUGUGGAACGAAUUAUUUGAGUUUCCAUUAUUUCUUAUGGGAAAAUUCACUAUGAUUUACGUUUUUAUUCCGAAAUGAAUUAUGCUCGUAUUCUAAGGUUCCAUUGUACUUUUAUAUAUAGAUAUAUAGAUAGAGGUUCUUUUGUCGACUGUGUAAAAAGACAAGCCAAAAAGACAAA